CCUGUCGUGAAAAAUAUAUAUAUACGGUAUAUACUUACAUAAGUACGGAUAUCUGUCGAUAUCGAUAUGCUGCUCUCUACUCUUCCAGGGCUGGCGUUGGCCCUCACCCUCGCCGGGAUCCUGACCUUUGCGUAUGCGCGCAUCGUCGAGAGCAGGAAGAUCAUGAAGCUUGGGAAGCGCGGGAAGAGUGUUAACGGUUCAUGGUUCGGUAUCUCCGAGACGUUGGAGUCGUUUAGGUAUGCGAAGAAAAAUAUGAAUAGAGAGUUUUGGGAGAUGAGGUUCAGGCAGCUGGGAUCGCAUACGCUGGAGACGCAGAUACUGUGGAAGAGGGUCAUCUUGACGGCAGAUCCCGAGAAUAUCAAGGCCGUGCUCGCAACGCAUUUUCACGAUUUUGGCAAGGGAGAGAGCUUCCACUCGCAGUGGCAAGAUUUCCUAGGCGACAGUAUCUUCACCACGGACGGCAAGGAAUGGUCUGCGUCACGACACCUGAUCCGUCCGCAAUUCGUGCGGGACCGGGUGUCGGAUCUGCACAUAUUCGAGCGGCACAUCCAGCGGAUGAUGUCGGUGAUCCCUCGCGACGGGUCGACGAUCAACAUCGCGGACCUGCUGUACAAAGUAACUCUCGACUCGGCCACCGACUUCCUGCUCGGCGAGAGUGUAAACUCCAUCGAACACGGGAGCCACGCCUUCGCCCUGGCGUUUCAGCAGAUCCAGGAGCACAUGAAUAACGUCUCCCGUGCGGGACCGCUAAGACACUUCUUGAAGACUAAGCAGUUCAAGGAGAAUCUGAAGAUUUUGAAUAAUUUCGUUGAACCGUUCGUAGAGAAGACGCUGCAUAUGAGGCCGGAGGAGCUUAAGGGAAAGAGCGAGAGUGACUAUAAUUUCCUCCAUGCUCUCGCGGAAUUUACGCGGGAUCCCAAGAUGCUCAGGGACCAGCUGGUCGCUGUGUUGUUGGCUGCGAGGGAUACUACGGCCGGGACUUUGGCCUGGGCGCUAUACGAACUCGCCAAACGCCCAGAGUGCGUGGAGCGCCUUAGAAGGGAGAUCCUCGAUACUGUCGGACCGGCCGGACCACCCACCUACUCGGAUCUGAAGGGAAUGAAGUAUCUCCAACACGUCAUCAACGAGACAUUGAGAUUGUAUCCUGCCGUCCCGUUCAAUGUCAGAGUCUCACUUACAGAUACAACUCUUCCCACGGGUGGUGGACCGGACGGACUUGAACCCAUAGGUGUAGUCGCCGGAACGCCAAUCGCAUACUCCGCCCUAGUCAUGCAACGCCGUACGGACAUCUUCGGCCCGGACGUCGCCGAGUUCAAGCCCGAGCGCUGGGAUUCAUGGUCGCCAAAGGCGUGGCGCUACAUCCCGUUCAACGGUGGCCCGAGGAUCUGUAUCGGCCAGCAGUUCGCAUUGACGGAGAUGGGAUACAUCCUCUGCCGACUCUUUCAGAGAUUCGAGAAGGUGGAGGAUAGAAGCACCCAGAAGCAGUUUGAGCGGUGCGAGGUGACCAUCAGUCCCGGAGCGGGAGUCAAGGUUGCGUUCACUCCUGCCGUGAACUUUUGAGGGCUUAAGGUGGCAGACGGAUCUGUGGGAUUGUUUUUUCGAAUGUGUAUCCCUUAAUUUGGUUGCAUAUGAUGAUGACAUGAUGUAUUUAUGCUCGGGAUGAAGAUUCUCCCCUCUACCUACGCGUGUACUCUACGUCCAGAGUUCUUUGAGCACCGGUCACCGACCGUCUGGUGUUGCGGUGACCUGCUCGUCUCGUCAAAGGAGC